AUGGCCGCGGCCGCGACGUCGUCCACCACACCCGCGGCAACCACUUCCACCGCCAACAACACAACCACCGCCUGCUGCUCAUCGUCGUCCUCCUCGUCGUCGUCGUCCUCCGCCACCAGCCCCGGCCCGCACCGCAGGCGCCUCAACGACAUCGAGCGCGGCGACGACUGCUGCUGCGGGGGCGGCGACCCCUUCCUCGCCCUCGAGGACGGCGAGGGCGCCCACGGCCACGGCGUCCCCUUGCUGGCCGCCGGCGCGGCCUGCGGCGGGAGGGCGUCGCUGUUGGCGCGGAGGAGGCGCGCCGCGGGGCACGCCUGGAUGAGGGCCGCCGUGCUCUGCCUGCUCGGCCUCGUCGCGGUCGUCGGCUUCCUGGGCUCCCAGUCGCAAGGCGGCCGGGGAGGAGCCGGCGGCGGCGGCGGCGCCGCGGCCGGCGCCGACGGCGAGGAGGGCGGCAGGCUCGUGCAGAGGGUGGAGGUGGCCGACGCCGACGUGAUGGGGUGGACGGAGGAGAACCUGACGGCACUCACCCGCCGCCCGCCCGAUCCUCCGACACCGGAGAUAUGGAUGAAGCCAGACAGCGGGGGUUACAGCCAGUGCAUCGCACGCCCAAAGAAUCAGCGCAGGACUGACAAUGCGACUGUCGGCUAUCUGAUUGUCGACGCAAACGGCGGGCUAAACCAGAUGAGGAUGGGGAUCAGUGAUAUGGUUGCAGUGGCAAAGAUCAUGAAUGCGUCACUGGUAAUCCCCACUCUGGAUCAUCAGUCGUUCUGGACUGAUCCAAGUGACUUCAAAGAUAUAUUCGACGUGGAUCACUUCAAGGAAACAUUGAAGGAGGACAUUGUGGUUGUAGAUUCCCUACCACCAGCUUAUAGGAGGGUGAAGCCCUACGCGAGAGCGCCCACAUCCUGGUCCAGGGCUUCCUUUUACAGAGAUUUCUCAAAGAUACUGAAGAAGUACAAAGUAGUGAGAUUUACCCAUACGGAUUCACGGAUUGUCAACAACGGCCUCGCUCCUUCUCUCCAAAGGCUUCGAUGCCGUGCAAACUACAAAGCGCUUCAGUACAGGAAAGAGAUUGAAGAACUUGGUACUACCCUAGUUGAGAGACUGAAAAGGGGAUCAGACCAUUACAUCGCACUUCACUUAAGAUACGAGAAGGACAUGCUGGCUUUCACUGGCUGCAACCACAACCUGACACUUAAUGAGGCAGACGAGCUGACUGAUAUGCGACUCAAAGUGAGACACUGGAAGGAGAAGGAGAUCAACAGCGGGGAGAAGCGGCUCCAGGGCGGGUGUCCCAUGACGCCUCGCGAAGCUGCUGUGUUCCUCAAAGCCAUGGGAUAUCCUUCCAGCACUAAAAUUUACAUUGUGGCUGGUGAAAUUUACGGGGCACACAGCAUGGAUGCGCUGAAAGCAGAAUACCCAAACAUUUACACGCACUACAGUCUAGCCACAGUAGAUGAACUAGAGCCGCUCGAGUUGUACCAGAACAGGCUAGCUGCUGUGGACUAUAUCGUGGCCCUGCAGAGCGAUGUCUUUGUGUAUACCUACGACGGAAAUAUGGCCAGGGCAGUUCAGGGUCACCGAAGAUUCGAAGGUUUCAGAAAAACUAUAAACCCCGACAGGCUGAAGUUUGUAGAGCUCGUUGACAAACUCGACGACGGUUCCAUGCCCUGGGAUGAAUUCCAAAGUGAAGUGAGGAAGCAUCAUGAGGAUAGACUUGGAGGUCCGUAUGACAGAUUACCUGGUGAGAGUCCAAGGCAGGAGGAAUACUUCUACUCAAACCCUAUCCCUGGAUGCCUGUGCAAAAAGGUGCAGAGAGUAAAGUGA